UCCGCCCACCAGGCACAACUCCGCCCACCCAGGGCACAACCCGGCCCCAGUGACGGGCCCUGUGGAUCCGGGUCCCCGCGUCAGCUGAUCGCGCCCGGGGCCAUCGUCAACAGGGAGCCGGGGCAGGCGGGUGACAAGCGACACCCUAAACCACCACCACAACAACAACAGCAGCAACAACAACAACCAUCCCACGAAGCCGGGGCCUGUAGGAACAAAGCUCGGUUCGCUGUGGCCGGCGUCUCGCAUGGCGGGCGGCGAGUAGGGGGAGAGACAAAGGCGUGGCGACAUCGCCCCCCGCUCCGAACGCGCUGCCGUCACGGCGGUGAAGCAGCAGCAGGAGGAGGAGGAGGAGCAGCAGCAGGAGCAGCAGGAGAAGGAGGAGACGGCGAUGUUUGUGCGUGCUGCGUGAAGAGGCGACGCUCUGCUGCUACUGCUGCCGCCUUGGGGCAUCUGCUGCUCGGGCCUUAUUUGGAAGUCUUCAAGGCAACAAGAGUCCUGACGGAAACACAAUGGCCAGACUGAGGCAGUUUUGGGUUACUGCUGUGGAAGAACUAUGUACUGCAGAAGCGCCAGGUGCUGGUGACGCUGGUGGAGCUGGCUCUGCCGGCGCUCUUCGCCGCCAUUCUGAUCGCGAUCCGGCAGCGCGUUCCCGAGUCUUCGCACCCCAACGCGACCAUCUACUCGCCGCUGUCCUUGUCGCGCCUGCCCGACAGCCUCAUGUGGCUCCACCAUCGCCAGUUCCCCGAGUUCCGCGACAAGGGCUGGUUCCUGGCGUUCACCCCGGCCAACGUGACGGCCGUCCACGAUAUCGCAGAGCGCGUCCAUCGAGCCGCCUCCGGCACGCUCGCAGCGCUGCCGUUCGAUUCGGAGGCUGAGCUGCUGGCCUUUAUCAAGGCGGACAAUAGGUCGGCGGAGAACGUCCUGGCAGCGAUGGUGUUUGAGAAUCGCUUCGCCCGCGCCGAUGACCCGUUGCCGGAGAAGGUGACGUACUCGCUCCGCUUCAAGUACAGCCCGCGCAAUGCGCCCCUCGACGAACAGAGCCAACUGAACCCCAACAGGGACAACGACUGGAUCACCAUCUUCCUCUUCCCCCUAUUCCAGCUGCCGGGCCCAAGGGAGAGACACAUGAAGGAUGGUGGAACGCCAGGUUACUACCGCGAGGGCUUCCUGGCGACGCAGCGCUUCAUCGACGAGGCCAUCACGGCGGCGGCGGCGGAGCGGCUCGGCAGUGCGGCCCCCCGGACGGCCGUGGAGGUGCAGCGCUUCCCGUACCCGCCGUACCGCGACGACAUCUUCAUCCUCGCCAUCCAGACGCAGCUGCCGCUGCUCCUCAUGCUGAGCUUUGUGUACACGGCGCUGAACAUCGUGCGCACGCUGGUGCACGAGAAGGAGAGCAAGCUCAAGGAGUACAUGAAGAUGAUGUGUCUCAGCAACUGGCUGCACUGGACCGCCUGGUUCCUCAAGUUCUUCAUUUUUUUCCUCAUCUCCGUGUUUUAUAUGACCGUGCUCUUCUGUGUCAAGGUGGGAGAGCGUGGCGCGGUGCUCAACUUCAGCGACCCUACGCUGGUGUUCGUCUUCAUCCUGGCCUUCUCCGUCUCCACCAUCUCCUUCUGCUUCAUGAUCAGCGUCUUCUUCUCCCAAGCCAACGUCGCGGCGACGGCGGGCGCCUUCCUCUACUUCUUCUCCUACAUCCCGUACUUCUUCGUGCUGCCCUGGUACGACCAGAUGAGCCACGCGCUCAAGAUGUCCUCCUGCCUCAUCUCCAACGUCGGCAUGGCCAUGGGGGCCCAGCUCAUCAGCAUGUGGGAGGGCAAAGGCGUGGGCAUCCAGUGGCGCAACCUGGGCGAGAGCGUGAGCGUGGACGACGGCUUCACGAUGGCGCACGUGCUCUUCAUGCUCAUGCUGGACGCGGUGCUGUACGGCCUCGUGGCCUGGUACGUGGAGGCCGUGUUUCCCGGAGAGUACGGCGUGCCGCAGCCCUGGUACUUCUGCGUCCUGCCGUCGUACUGGCGCGGCACGCAGCGCACGUACCACGUGUCGGCGGGCGACGGCGAAGGAGAGGGCGACGGCGAGGGCCCGGCGAGCGAGUUCAUCGAGAGGGAGCCCCUCGGCCUCGCCACCGGCGUCAAGAUCCAGGGCCUUCGAAAGGUGUUUGGGAAGGGGCGGCAUGAGAAGGAGGCUGUGAAGGGACUGACGCUGAAUAUGUACGAGGGGCAGAUCACGGCGCUGCUGGGGCACAACGGCGCCGGCAAGACCACGACGCUGUCCAUCCUCACAGGCCUCUUCCCGCCGAGCGGCGGCACGGCGCUCGUCAACGGCUACGACAUUCGAUACGACAUGACGCUCGUGCGCAAGAGCCUGGGCCUGUGCCCGCAGCACGACGUGCUGUUCCCCGACCUCACCGUGGAGGAGCAUCUCUCCUUCUUCGCCAAGCUCAAGGGCUGCCCGUACGAGCGCGUGCCGGACGAGGUGAGCGCAAUGCUCACCGCCCUGCAGCUGGAGGACAAGCGGCAGGCGCGCGCCUCGGCGCUCUCUGGCGGCAUGAAGCGCAAGCUCUCCAUCGGCAUCGCCUUCAUCGGCGACCCCAAGGUGGUGCUGCUGGACGAGCCGACGUCCGGCAUGGAUCCGUGCGCUCGCCGCGCCACCUGGGAGUUGCUGCAGCGGCAGCGCGCCGGCCGCACCGUGCUGCUCACCACGCACUUCAUGGAGGAGGCCGACGUGCUGGGGGACCGCGUCGCCAUCGUCGCGCACGGACGCCUCCAGUGCUGCGGCUCGUCGCUUUUCCUCAAGCGCAAAUACGGGGCCGGGUACCACAUGGUGGUGGUGAAGCAACCGGAGGCGGACGUCGCGUGGAUCUCCAAGCUCGUGCACAGCCACGUGCCGGAGGCCAACCUCUCCAGCAACGCCGGCGCCGAGCUCGCCUACAUCAUGCCAGCCGACACCUCCCACAGGUUCGAGGGGCUCUUCACGGAGCUGGAGCGGCGGCGGGACGAGCUAGGCAUCAACAGCUACGGCGUGUCGGUCACCACCAUGGAGGAGGUGUUCCUGCGCGUGGGCAAGCUCGCCGACUCGGCGCUGGACGCGCAGGCCAGGCAGCUGCCGCACCUGCACUACCAGCACGAGCGGCGCAUGCAUGACUUGACGGCCGAGACCGACAGCAUCAGCGCCUCCAUGGACGACACGAGCACCCUGGUCUCCGAGGACCUGUCCAGCAUCAAGCUCAACACCGGGAUGUGGCUGCUGCUGCAGCAGUGCCGGGCCAUGUUCCUCAAGCGCGCCGUCUACUGCUGGCGCAACUGGAAGGUGAUGGUGGCACAGUUCUUGGUGCCGCUCAUCUUCACGACGGUGGCGCUGGUGGUGGCGCGCACGCUGCCCGGCCCGCGCGACUCCCCGUCCCUCGACCUGUCGCUGGCGCGCUACGGCGCCCACGUCUCCGUGCCGUACGCGCUGGCGCCCGGCGCGGGGCCGGAGGCCGCGAGCGUCGCCCUCGAGUACCGGCGGCAGAUCGAGGAGAUGCGGACGGCCACGGCCGUGUUCGUCAACGACGAUGCCAAGUACCCGGGAGGCGACAUCUUGGACUACCUGGUGGACAAUGCGAAGGCGGAGGGCGGCUCCUUCAACACGCACUGCGUCGUGGGGGCGGCCGUGGCCGGAGGAGGAGGGAACGGCAGUGGCAGCGUGAUGGUCACGGCGCUCUUCAACGGGCAGGGCUUCCACACGCCGGCCACCGCCCUGCUGCUCGUCGACAACGCCCUGCUGAGGCACGCCGUCGGGGCCAACCACUCCAUCUCCGUGCGCAACUACCCGCUGCCUCGCAACAUCACGGAGCGCGCCAUGGACCAGUUCCACGAGGGCCAGACGGGCUUCGCGGUGGCCUUCAACCUCAUGUACGGGCUGGCGUCGCUGGCGAGCACCUUCGCCCUGCUGCUGGUGACGGAGCGCGCCACCCGCGCCAAGCACAUCCAGCUUGUGAGCGGCGUGCGCGCCGUCUCCUACUGGGUCACCGCGCUGCUCUGGGACCUCUUCAACUACAUGAUCCCCUGCUGCUGCAUCCUGCUGGUUUUCCUGGGCUUCGAGGUGAAGGCGUACACGGCGGGCGCGCACCUGCUGUUGGUGCUGCUCAUCCUGCUGCUGUACGGCUGGGCCGUCAUCCCGCUCAUGUACCUGCUGCAGAACUUCUUCAGCUCCUCGGCGACCGCCUACACCCGCCUCAGCAUGUUCAACGUCCUCUCGGGCACCGCCAGCUUCCUCUCCGUCAACAUCCUGCGCAUUCCAGAGCUGGGGCUGCUCCAUCUGUGCCACACCCUGGACAAAGUGUUCCUGAUGCUGCCCAACUACUGCCUGGGCCAGUCGCUCAACUACUUCUACGAGAACUACCAGUUCAUCCAGAUCUGCAACAGCAGCAUCCUGGCGCAAAUCCUGUGCCGCAAAAACAACAUCACGUACCAGCUGGACUACCUGGCAUGGCAGCCGUACGGCGUGGGGCGCUACCUGACGCUCAUGGCCGUGCAGGGUGCCGCCUACCUCCUGCUCGUUUUCCUUCUGGAGCUCAACGCCUUCCGCAGCCUGGCGCGCCUCUGCCGCAACCUGUGCCACCGCCACCCCUGGUGGAGGGCGCGUGUUGCGCAGGUGCCGGUGCAGGAGACCAAGGAGGACGAGGACGUGGCUCGCGAGCGGCUGCGCGUGGCCAACGUCUCGGCGGCCGUGCUCUCCGAGCAGCUCGUCGUCAAGGACCUGCGCAAGGUGUACGGGGUCAAGAACCCCCUGGUGGCCGUGGACGGGAUCAGCGUUGGGAUCCCAGCAGGCGAGUGCUUCGGCCUGCUGGGCUUCAACGGCGCCGGCAAGACGACCACCUUCAAGAUGCUGACGGGCGAGGAGACGGCGACGUCGGGCGACGCGGUCAUCGGCGGCUACAGCAUCCUCACCGACAUCCGCAAGGUGCAGCAGCGAAUCGGCUACUGCCCGCAGUUUGACGGGCUGCUGGAGCACAUGACGGGCCGCGAGACGCUGUGGAUGUACGCGCGCCUGCGCGGCGUUCCCGAGCGCCUCAUCCCGGCCAUGGUGGACGACGCGCUGCGCGCGUUGCUCGUUGAGGCGUACGCCGACAAGCUCGUGCGCACGUACAGGUGGGCCACACGUACAGGUGGGCCACACGUACAGGUGGGCCUCACGUACAGGUGGGCCACACGUACAGGUGGGCCACACGUACAGGUGGGCCACACGUACAGGUGGGCCUCACGUACAGGUGGGCCUCACGUACAGGUGGGCCUCGCACGUACAGGUGGGCCACACGUACAGGUGGGCCUCACGUACAGGUGGGCCACACGUACAGGUGGGCCACACGUACAGGUGGGCCACACGUGUACAGGUGGGCCACACGUACAGGUGGGCCACACGUACAGGUGGGCCACACGUACAGGUGGGCCACACGUACAGGUGGGCCUCGCGUGCACGUACAGGUGGGCCUCGCGUGCACGUACAGGUGGGCCUCGCGUGCACGUACAGGUGGGCCUCGCGUGCACGUACAGGUGGGCCUCGCGUACAGGUGGGCCUCGCGUGCACGUACAGGUGGGCCUCGCGCACAGGUGGGCCUCGCGCGCGCAGGUGGGCCUCGCGUGCGCAGGUGGGCCUCGCACGUACAGGUGGGCCUCGCGCGCGCAGGUGGGCCUCAUGUGUACAGGUGGGCCUCGCGUGCACAGGUGGGCCUCACGUACAGGUGGGCCUCGCACGUACAGGUGGGCCACACGUGUACAGGUGGGCCUCACGUGUACAGGUGGGCCUCACGUGUACAGGUGGGCCUCACGUGUACAGGUGGGCCUCACGUGUACAGGUGGGCCUCGCGUGCACAGGUGGGCCUCACGUACAGGUGGGCCUCGCACGUACAGCGGUGGCACCAAGCGCAAGCUGAGCACGGCGGUGGCGCUCAUGGGCUCUCCGCCCGUCGUGUUUCUGGACGAGCCCUCCACGGGCAUGGACCCCGUGGCGAGGCGGCUGCUGUGGGACGCGCUGAGCCGCGUGCGCGAGGAGGGCAGGGCGCUCGUCAUCACCUCGCACAGCAUGGAGGAGUGUGAGGCGCUGUGCACGCGCAUCGCCAUCAUGGUGAACGGGCAGUUCCGCUGCCUGGGCAGCCAGCAGCACCUCAAGUCGCGCUACGGCAGCGGCUAUACGCUUCUGGCGCGCAUUCGCGCCGAGCAGGCCGACACGCAGCCCUUCAAGCACUUUGUCGAGACCACCUUCCCCGGCAGCAUCCUAAAGGACCAGCACCAGGGCUUGGUUCACUACCACCUGACCGACAUGAACAUGAGCUGGGCCCAGGUGUUCGGGAUGCUGGAGAAGGCCAAGCGAGACUACUGCCUCGACGACUACUCCAUCAGCCAGAUCUCCCUGGAGCAGGUCUUCCUGGGCUUCGCUCGCUUCCAGCGGCACACGGAGGAGCGCCCCGAGUGACCUCCUCCUCCCCCGCAUCACCGCAGCCCGGGAAACAGCGUCUGAAAAUCCUCGUCCGGAGGGGCUGGGCUUGUUUUUCGCGAGGGCGCUCGCUCGCUCACGAUGGGCGACAGGCUGCGUUGUGAGCAACGCCCGUGAACCCAGGUUUAAGCGCCGUCCCCAGCCAUCAGGGCAACGCGGCCGCGCCCGUCAACCGACUGGAAUCGCCGUCGCCGCAACUCUCCGUCCAUUCACGCGCGAUGAUGGCUGUCGCGUUGUUUGCACUGCACGAUGACCUCCGCUCGACAAAGAGUGUUUCCGUCACGGUGUCCGCGUAUCCUGUCCGCCGACGGCGGACGCGGCCCCGUUCUUUUAAAAUGAAAAUGAAUUUCACUUCGCGUGAGAAGCAUGCAGGCCCGCAUCGGGCGCGUGCGAGCCCCUGCGCAUCACGGCCUACUCCUGCAUGCCACUUGUACUUUCUACAGUAGAAGUGCCUGAGCUUUUGCGAUAUGAGCUGUACAUUGUUUUCCCUUGCAGACGCCGGUGAACGCAUCGUUGAUUUCUCACGCUCUUGUCGACACUUGACGCGUGCAAGCGUGAAUUCAGCCAUCGCUGGCAGGGUGGACGUGAAGUUACGUUCGUCGGUAAUUAUGUUGCAGAUCUCAGAUAUGAAAAUUUCAGUUAGUUUUUCUCAUAUGGUCGUCAUACUGUAAAUUUCAGUUUUUUGUUUCAAUAUACUGAUAUAUAUACGUUUGAUGUUACAUGAACAGAUGUCUUCUAUAAGGUAUAUUUUGCACACAGUUACUUAAGAAAAAUCGAUGAUAGAUAAAGCAAUUUUAGCUAUAGUACUCAUUACUGUCUUGCUUACACGUUCAGGUUUUGAAGGAAUGCGCAUACAUCCGAACCAACUCCCGUCAAAAGGGUUGCGUUAUAUAUACGUGCACACAUCACGAAUGACCUCGGUUUUACGGCUGUCUCUCAGCAUGAUAAGCGUUCUGCUUUCAGCACACAGGUUGGGAACACAUUUAUAAUGAAAGCUGCACUUUUGGCAUUCUCUCGCAUGCGAUCGUUUAUAGCUCACUCACUCUCACCUCUCCACGUGUGCUUUUAAACAUCGCCAGUUUUACAAUCCGCUUGCUUCCAAGGCAGCCCCCCACGUCGUCCCGAGGAGUUGUGGUGACGUUGGAGCCGUUGGGUUUGGACGUCACCUCUCGGCAUUGCGUACGAGAGCCCACCGUAAUAUCGCUGAGUUGACCGCAUAGCACGGCUGCUACAACACACAUCGGGCUCUCUCUGAGCAGUUGGAUUUCGAGCCCACCUCCGAUUAAAGAUGGAAUCGGGGUAACGGAUUCCCAUUUUGUGCGAGUGCCGGGUUUAGUGGACCAGCGUCCGUUCGCAUGCCGAUGGCGCUGUGACGUCUCCUGCAUGUGAACGGAAGCGUCAGGAAACCCGGCGGCAUUUGUUUAACGGGCUGCACCCUGCUGACGAGAAGCAUAAAGUCGAAAUCGGUCUGCUACCGCAUGCUGUUGGAAAAGAUUGAUCCAUAAGGCCCCGCAAUCUGAUUGACCAAAAUGUCAUCUUUACACGGGGUAAAGCAGAUCCUUGUCUGUGUGCACAUUAUUUUUCUGUUAUCCAUGAUUGGAGGCUCGGCUUCCAACAUCAAGAGUCUCGCACGGCCUUUCAACCCCCAGCUCUUGACUCCUGCUCACAUUCGUGGACGGCGUUGUGGGUGCACAGCCCUCGCCACCCAAGUCCCUGGGUCUCUGUCAUUCCCGUAGAGCGGGCGCGCCUCCGCACGGCUUCUAUGCGCAACUCGCCGUCUUGGGAAUUGUCCUGCUGAGCUCGGGCACGAGAGUCCGCAUUGGCGCGUGACCCGUCUUGUGGCCGCGCAGUCAAGAGGUCGCUCAAACCGAACUUUUUCAUUUCCUCGCAUUCUCUGCCCACAUUGAGCCUCAACAAGACACGGCUUCGAUUUGGCGAUUGUGAGGUUUUUGUGUUGAGUAUACACUGGUGUGGGUGUGCUGAUGAUCUCAAAGGGAGCUAUCAGGUUCUGUGUAAAUACAACUGUGUGCCGUGCAAAUGGGACGAUAUUAUUAAGCCUUGGGGGCUUUAGGUUAUUUCGGUGCUCGUUGAUAUAAAAUAUCGUUACUUUUUCCAUUUUAUAUAUGGUGGCUUUUGUCAUGGGUUGAGCUUGUGGACCACUAUUAGGAUAAUUUGGCACGUUUUUUUGUUUAAAUACCAAAAUCAAGCACUCAAUGCAAAUAGAAAAUAUACCGUAUUGUUUUUCAAAAGAGAAUUUGAGAACAGCACAUAUGUUUAUCGAUACUGUAAUUAGAGAGCUUCAAUAAGUAAAUACGUCUGAUAUCAACCGUGCACACAAAUGCAAGUUAAAGCGUUUGAUAAAUUCCUUAGAAUGACACUUUCAAGGUCGAUGUGCGUCUGCAGUGUAAUUCAGGGGCGAUGCUCAAUUCUGGCCGCAUCCCAUUGAUUUUGUCUGCCGAUCCGUGCCCCGAGCGCCGAGCGCAGUUGGGCAGUGCGUCCGCACGAGUGCAGCAGGUGGCACGUCGAGUCCUCGGGGCGCUGUCAUCCGUUUCAAAUCCCUUUUUUUAAGCCGAAAGCCACUCUGCAGAUGUGACGCUUGAGAGAAGCCCGCAGUCUCGUGGGAGAUCCUCCACUUUCCCCGCUGCGCGACCGAGCCGUAUCCGGCGCCGUGCCGAGCCAGACCGGCUCGGGAGGAGCGGCGGUGGGGUUGUUUGUCCCACCGCAUCGGCCGCACGCGGCGGGCAGGUUGAGGGCGCUCGUAGUUGAUGUUGUGCAAUGGUGACGCCAUCACCACUUCUAUUUUAAGGCAUAUGUACUUUUAUACGUCUAUAUUGGAGCGUAGAACUAUUUGAUUUAAUUAAGCCGAUGUGGGCCUCAUGUCUGCCAGUUCCUUUUAGACCAGGCUUCCCAAAUUAUAAUUCUCGUUUCCAGCCGUGGUGCUGUUUUUUUUCUUAAAAUCAAAUACUGUUUACGCAAUAUCUUUAAAAAAACUAAAUUUCACACAAUUGCGGAAGAUUGGUGAAGUUGAAAUGUGGGCCAUUGCACGAGUGACGACGAGAGUUUGGAUACGUCCAGCUUAGAUGAGCAAGUUGAUCUUUGGGGUGGGGGGAAAGAUACCUGUGAACAUCCAAAUACUGUACACGUCUAAUACAGGCCUGCGUGAGGCCGUGCUUAAAGUUCCAGACGUGUCCCCCCCCCCCCCCCGGCUUGCUGACACGUGAAGCUGAUUUUGCGACGUUAAAAUGAUCGCGUCCGCCUUGCGUCGAUCCCAUGCGCGUGCAAGUGGCGAGUUGCGUGCGAUUACUUGAAAGCAUCGCCGUCGGGACCACUGUGCAGACAAACGAAACUAAAAAGAGUCUCGAUUGUGCAUCUGGGCCAAAUAUGUGUGUGGAGCCAAUGGCGUUCCGUGUUGGUGGCCGUCACUCGCAGAGUUCGCCCAACGCGCCCGAGAGAGGAGCCGGUCUUUGCGCUUUCCGUGGAACUCGCGAGCUCAGACCACGGCCGUUGGCCGGCAGGGCCAGAUUAAGUUUGAUGGGGGGGAGCGGCCCGAGGGCUGUUAUAGUUUAGGGAGGCGGUGGGGGUCCUCUUUGUAUCUUCAAUUUCUUACCUUUUUUUCAUCAUCAUCAUCACCUAUGCCCGGUGCCAAACACUCCAUUGUUGUCAUUCAGUGUGGUUAUUUAAACAGAACAAGUUUAACAAAACUAAUUUAAAAUGUGUCACAUUAUUUGGUGGGGAAUACACGGCGGUGCUUUGGCUAUAAUUAUAUCAUAUUGCCUAUAGGAUGUAUGACAUGGAUACAGUAUUGCAUUUAAGCCGUUAUAAAGCAGGACAUUUGGGGGGGGGAGCGGCCCCCUAAAACUCCGAAGUCUGAGCUCCACACGACGCGUCACAAACCCGCCGGCUCCUCACUCGCUCGCCUGUUUUAAGUCCAACGAUUUGGGAAUAAAAUAAAACGUCUUUCCUGCCAAGGAUUUUCCAUGCAUAACCAUUUGAGUUGAGCCCUCUCGGGUGAGGUGAGGCUUGCGUUUGGUAGGUUUUUUUUACUUGGUGCUGUGGAAUGUCUUGCAAUGAAAAGGGAUUUAGCAUUUAACGAAAAUGAUUGUACAUAUGCAGACAUAUCUACCUUGUUGGUUUGUAGUAGCUUACUUAGCCUGAAAUUGUGAUUUGUUUUUAAUCUGGGUGGUUAGCGUGUGGCAAGAUUUUGUUGAAAUGUUUUUUCCACUAAAGUCUCUAUUGAAUAAUGUUUUAUCGUGACCAAUGAGCGGACAUGGCAGACCUGUUUGCUUGGCAUGUCCCGAUCCCUUUAGAGUCUGGCCCAUUGAUUUGGUGAGAUGAAUGAGACGCCAUCCUAUAGCAGUGCCCAUUUCUUUUUCUCCACGCUCGGUGGGGAGAGACUGUGGGUGGGACAGAGUGAGAGUGACCGUCAGCAGAUGGAGUCGCCCUGCUGUGAUAGCCGAAAUAAUUAAUUUUGUUCCAGAUCCGUCCUGCCAGCUGUGUGUGUCCAGCACGGAAUAUUAAUAAGAGAGGCUGAUACCAUUCAAUGGGCAUUUUAACAGACUCGGCCGUUCAGUCAGUUCGAAGGGAGACGUCUGUCGCUGUGUGGACACGUCGUCCCGUCACGAUGCGUAAACUCCCGCAGCGAAACUGCGCUCACUUCAGUUGGCGAUCGACGUUCGGACGACGUAUCGGAGCGAACCGCGACCCUCAGAAGGAAUGGCACCGCCCACGUGGUAGCCCCCUCAUGAUCCGUGGGUCAAACAAAUCAAUCGAGACAUCGGUGCACGCGGCAGCGAGAGCGGUUUUUUGUUGUUGCGAAUGCUGUCGCAAGAGGUCACACGUUUGGCGCAACGGCCCUUCGCUGAAUGUGCGUGAUGAUUGAUUUUCCAUUCGGUGUUGUUUUGAAUGAAUGAUGGGCAGGUUCGUGCUCUCUCAAGAGGCUUAACCCAAUCUGCCCGUCUUUGCCCCGAAUAUGGCAUUCCAUUUUCUAGUCACAUGUUUGUUUUGUAUUCGAUUUGGGUUGUGUGAUUGAUAUGCUUCUCGUUUGUUUGGCAAUUUUUCUGUUUCUUAUUUGCAAAAAUAAGUUUCAAACGGUUCUUGUUUCAAUGUAUGAUUGUCCUUGAUUGGUAAUGGACUUAAAAAAAUCUGGGUUGAUAACAAUGCACGUGUGCGGUUCUGCUUUGUUGUUUAACUUGUUUAAAACCAUUAUUUAUAGUCUUGUAACAAGAAUAAUUUAUAAAGGACCUUUUAAAAUA